AUGGGUCUUAAAGGUAAAUUGACAGCCCAAGUAGAGAUGAAGGCUGGUGGAGAUUUAUUUCACGAACUCUUUAGGCACAAACCACAACAAAUACCCCAUAUCAGCCCUACUACCAUUCAAGGCUGCGAUUUGCAUGAAGGAGAGUGGGGAAAUGUAGGCUCUGUCUACUUCUGGAAGUACACUCAUGAUGGGAAGCAGCAAGUAGCAAAAGACGUAAUUGAAACCAUAGACGACGAAAAGAGGUCAAUUACAUUUAAGGUUGUCGAGGGUGAUUUGAUGAAGCUGUACAAGGCAUUCAAAGGAAGUUUUCAUGUUGAAACUCAUGGUGGCAUUGAUCUGGUGACAUGGACUCUUGAGUACGAAAAGCUAAAUGACGAUGUUGAAGAACCACUCUCAUUGUUGAGCUUUUGCAUCAAACUUGCAAAAGAUAUUGAGGCACACCAUCUCAAGGCAGCUUGA